AUGCUGCCGCCUCGUUUCCUCCUCCUCCUGUUCUGCUCCGCCGCCACCGCCCUCCGCGUCCCCUGCCUCUCGCGCCGCGAGCUGCUGCUCGGCGCCGGCGUUGGCCUGCCGCUCGCUGCGCCGCCGUCCGCAACAGCAAAGAUGCCGCUCUCCACCGACGAGCAGGACCGGCUCGAUGCGCUGAGCAAGUUCUCUCGCGACACGCUGCCGAGCACCACGCUACCGUCCGGCGUCGUCGUGCUUGACCUCUAUCGGGGGAGCGGGCCGGAGCCGCGCGCGGGCGAUCUUGUCUACGCGCACUUCAAGGUGUGGCCGAGGAACUUUCGGAGCGGCACGCCGGCGGACAGCUCCUUUCUCGACACGCGGCCCCACGAGUGGCGACUCGGCACGCCGGAUGAGCGGAUCCGCGCCGGCUUCGACGAGGGGAUUGUCGGGAUGCGCGAGGACGGUUGGCGACGGCUCAUCGUCCCCGCCUCGCUCGCAUAUGGCUCCGCCGGGCUGACUACGCAGCGAGGGGUCGCCCUCGUCGAGCCGGACGAGCCGGUCUUUGUCGACGUCAUCCUGGUGGAUGGCGGCUCUGGCCGCUGCGCCGAGAUCCUGCGGCCAGCGGGUGUCAGCGAGGUGGGCGCCAGGAGGCUCAAGAGUAUCUCCUGUGUGCGUGGCGCGCCCUGA